AUGUCGGGUGAAAAUUUGUCUCGGUUCCUCAUGGAGAACAUGACGACGGCCUCGAUGGCGAAGCUGCAACAGUGGAGCACGAAAUUGCUGGAAUUCGCCCAUUAUGUUUCAGAGAAGCCGUGUAAAGGGAUGGCUCUCGUUACAAGUGGCGGUACCGCCGUUCCAAUAGAAGUGAACUCUGUACGUUAUCUCUCAAACUUUAGUUCUGGUGGUCGUGGUGCUGGCAUGGUGGAAGCCCUUCUGCAGCGUGGGUGGGCAUGCGUCUUCUUGUAUCACGAGCAUUCAUCCCGCCCAUUUAGGCGAAAUCUUGACCAUUUAAGCACAGAGCAGCUCUUCGCAGAGCUCGCCGCGCCGGUGCGAUCGCCUAACAUCGUCGCUGCUAUGCAGGCGUAUGAGCGUCUCGGCGACCGCAUUUUGUAUGUUCCGUUUAAUACAGUAACGGAGUAUUUGUUUCUUUUGCAACUCCUCUCAGAGGCGAUGAGUCACCGUGCGGAGUGUCUGAAGUCGUUGCCGAUGAUGCUCAUUGCGGCCGCGGCAGUCUCGGACUACUUUAUACCUCUCAGUCGCAUGUCGACGCACAAGAUAAGCGGGGGUGAUGGCCUCCACGUUCAUUUUGAAAAUGUGCCAAAGGCUCUUGAUUUUAUCAGCGAGAGGUGGCAUUUGUCCUCUGCCACGGUCCCGCGUUAUUUGAUCACCUUCAAGCUGGAAACGGAGGAGGAGACAUUGAAGAAGAAAGCGCUACAAAACCUCUUCAAAUAUAAAUGCGAUGCGGUUGUGGCAAAUAUGCUGCAGAACUACCGGGAGCGGGUAGUGUUGUACUGGAAGAGGGAGGAACAUCAGCCGGUUCCUUUACUGCGACCAGAAGUCGGUUCCUUUGAGGCACUUAUUGUGGAUGCAUUCCUGGAGCGCAUCGAGAAGGAAAUGUCGAAGAAUGCAGAGUCCAUCCAAUAA